CGGCGAAGGGAGUGGCGGUUUCGAAAUUCUCCUAAAAGGCUGCCUGAAACAUUAAGAAGUGCAACGGGGCGAUGGCGGUUGCUCCUACGUGGCUCGACUACUGGAAGACAAAGAGCGGUGACGGCGUCGGCACCUGCUAGAAAAAAGUAGAAUAACAGCGCCCCUUGUAAGAUCCUUCCCGCUCCAUCUAGAACCCUCCCGUUCCUUCUGGAGCAACUCGAUUCUUCUUCCUUUACUUGAGGACUCCUCUCCUUCCACCUCCUCGACGCUUCUCCCCCAUUCUCUCUCCACUUCUUCACCUACUGACCCUGCGGAUUCCCCUUAUAAAAGGCUCAGCCUGUGUCGAAUUCCUCCCAGUUUUAAGAAGCGAGCAAGAAGAGAAGAGGGUAGAAGCUAUUGGAUUCCGUACAGUUUCCUUGAGUUCUGUUUCUUUGUGAAUUGUUCGAGGUAUUCUUCUUGUGGUCUGAAUCGGGUGGGAUUUUGGACGUUGAAGAUGGCUGCCAAGGAAGGCAAGGCGGUGGGCAUCGACCUUGGCACCACCUACAGCUGCGUCGGCGUAUGGCAGCACGACCGGGUGGAGAUCAUCGCCAAUGACCAGGGCAACCGCACGACCCCUUCCUACGUGGCGUUCACCGACACCGAACGUCUUAUCGGCGACGCCGCCAAGAACCAGGUAGCCAUGAACCCUGCCAACACUGUUUUCGACGCGAAGCGCCUCAUCGGCCGCCGGUAUAGCGACCCCUCCGUCCAGAGCGACAUGAGGCACUGGCCGUUUCGGGUCAUCCCUGGCCCCGGAGACAAGCCCAUGAUCGUCGUCCAGUACAAGGGCGAGGAGAAGCAGUUCGCGGCGGAGGAGAUCUCGUCAAUGGUGCUCGUUAAGAUGAAGGAGAUUGCCGAGGCCUAUUUGGGCACCACGGUCAAGAACGCCGUGAUCACCGUCCCAGCUUACUUUAACGACUCGCAGAGGCAAGCCACCAAGGACGCCGGAGCCAUUGCCGGGCUCAACGUAAUGCGGAUGAUCAACGAGCCCACUGCUGCGGCCAUCGCCUACGGGCUGGACAAGAAGGCCGGCAGCACGGGCGAGAAGAACGUGCUCAUCUUCGACCUUGGCGGUGGCACCUUCGACGUGUCGCUACUUACCAUCGAGGAGGGCAUCUUCGAGGUGAAGGCCACGGCUGGGGAUACCCAUUUGGGCGGUGAGGACUUCGACAACCGGAUGGUGAACCACUUCGUGCAGGAGUUCAGGAGGAAGCACAAGAAAGACAUCAGCGGCAAUGCGAGGGCACUUCGGCGGCUGCGCACCGCCUGCGAGAGGGCGAAGCGGACGCUCUCCUCCACGGCGCAGACGACCAUCGAGAUCGACUCUCUGUACGAGGGGAUCGAUUUCUACGCGACGAUCACGAGGGCAAGGUUCGAGGAGCUCAACAUGGACCUGUUCAGGAAGUGCAUGGAGCCCGUCGAAAAAUGCCUUCGCGACGCGAAGAUCGACAAGUCCUCCGUCCACGAUGUCGUGCUCGUCGGGGGAUCUACAAGGAUACCCAAGGUUCAGCAGCUGCUGCAAGAUUUCUUCAACGGGAAGGAGCUCUGCAAGAGCAUCAACCCGGACGAGGCGGUCGCCUACGGUGCCGCCGUCCAGGCGGCCAUCUUGAGCGGGGAGGGCAACGAGAAGGUGCAGGACCUGCUCCUCCUCGACGUCACUCCGCUCAGCUUGGGACUCGAGACGGCCGGCGGUGUCAUGACGGUGCUCAUCCCGCGUAACACCACCAUCCCCACCAAGAAGGAACAGAUCUUCUCCACCUACUCCGACAACCAGCCGGGCGUCCUGAUUCAGGUGUACGAAGGGGAGCGGGCGAGGACCAAGGACAACAAUCUGCUCGGGAAGUUCGAGCUAUCCGGCAUCCCUCCGGCGCCGAGGGGCGUCCCCCAGAUCAACGUCUGCUUCGACAUUGACGCCAACGGGAUACUGAACGUCUCGGCCGAGGACAAGACGGCUGGGGUGAAGAACAAGAUCACCAUCACCAACGACAAGGGAAGGUUGAGCAAGGAGGACAUCGAGAAGAUGGUGAAGGAAGCGGAGAGGUAUAAGGCGGAGGACGAGGAGGUUAAGAAGAAGGUGGAGGCGAAGAAUGCUCUUGAGAACUAUGCCUACAACAUGAGGAACACGGUGAGGGAUGAGAAGUUCGCGGGUAAGUUAGACUCGUCAGAAAAGAAGAAGAUCGAGGACGCGGUGGAUGCGGCGAUCAGCUGGCUGGACGGCAACCAGCUGGCAGAGGUGGACGAGUUUCAGGACAAGCUGAAGGGUCUGGAAAGCACCUGCAACCCCAUCAUCGCCAAGAUGUACCAAGGUGGUGGUGCUGGCAGCGGUGCUGGUUUCGAUGCGGAAAGCGGGAUGCCCAAUUACGGUGGAAGGCCUGAUUCUGGUGCUGGGCCAAAAAUUGAAGAGGUCGAUUGAAGAGGUCUGUGGUUGGUAGGGGUACUGGGAGUGUUGUGCUUUCAUGAGGGACUCUUAGUUGGUUUUGAGGAACCAUGGCUGUCGCUGGAAAAUGCGUAGGAAAUGUAUAACUCUGUCUUGUUUUCUUUUCAUAAAAUGUCAAGCAUUGUUCUGUUUCUGUAAAAUUGGUUUGUUACUUUCAUCUGUUUCAGGUCUGUUAUGGUAUGUACGUUCCCGUC